UUUUGCAGUUUAGACUUUUUUCUAAGUAUAAAAUUAUAGGUCACUGUCAACUGAUUUGGUGGCAUUUGAUUAAAUCUGCUUAUUGAAUCAAAAAUAAAACAUGUCAACCGAUCCGAAAGGUCAUUAUCCAUCAGCAUUGGAUCGAUGGCUUCUUGUCCGAUAUAAAAAAUAUGCUACUGCUCAGGAGGUCCCUAAUAUGGUCAGCUCAAUCAUGAUGCGACGAAUUCAUGAAAAAGCUCGAAUUCAUACGGCAAUCGUUAUCAUGAUUUUAUCCGGAGUCGGCAUGUUCACCAAUGCUAUGAUCGGUAAAUAUCAAGCAAAACAAGGUUAUUCAGUCGAAAAAGCCGCCUCAGAGUAUCAACAAGAAUAUAAUAAACGUAAAGAGAAAGAGCUGAUGGCACAAAUGACGAAAUAAUGAACGAAAUCUUAUCAUUAAAAAACUCUAGAUUUUUUUUAUUCAUAAAAUUCUAAGUUGUUAUUUACUGUUGUUGUUACUUGGAUGAUAUCAAAAUUGAAAUAAAAAAAAAUUUGUAGCCAGCAUUCUUCAACAAUGAUCAUAAUCAUAUGGGAGGCGUACUAGUCGCUGGUCGAUAA